AUGGGAAAGGUAAAGCAAUCCAAUGAGGAAAAACAGAUCAUUUUAUACGAAGACAAGAAUUUUGAGGGUUAUCAGUAUGAAUGCAGUCGUUAUUGUGCAGAUAUGCUGCUUACCUGCUGUAACUCCAUCAGGAUGGAGAAUGGAUGCUUGAUCUAUGAACAACCGCAUUUCAAAGGCCAGCAAUACUUGCUCCAGAAAUGAGAGUACCCAGAGUAUGAGUGCUGGUUGUGAGUGAUGCCAUCUUAACUUUCCGAUAGCCAUACACAGGGAUCUUCCCAAGAGGUGAAGCUUUCUGAAAGAAUAGAGUAUGGAGGUGAAAUGAUGGAUCUUGUGGACGACUGCCCUAAUGUAAUGAACAUUUUCCAUUCAAACAAUGUAUUCUCCUGCAAGGUAAUUGGUGGAAACUGGCUCUUCUAUGAACUUUCCAACUACAGAGGCAGGAUGUACCUCAUAAAGCCUGGAGGAUACCCCAGAUUCACUGAAUGGGGAGGCAAGAGCGUCCGCAUGGGUUCCAUCAAACAGAUCAUGGAUUACUAG